AUGGUCAGUCGUGAUACAAAAGGUGCUUAUGGCUUUGAUUCAUCUGGACUCGAAAGAGCUGCAAAGGCCGCCAAAGAACUUGACAAAUCCUCGAACGCUAAACAAGCUUUUGAAAUCACAAUUAAACAAGAAGAAACCAAAAAAGCUGAAGCAGAGGCAUCAAUGAAGCAAUUAGAAGUCCAGCGUGCUCAAAUUGAGCAGCAAGAAAAACGAAAGACCCUUGAAAAAGAGCUAGAAAUAUCAAAGCAAAAAAGUCAGUUUGACGAUCAGCUUGCAAGGCAGAGAUACCAAGACCAGCUAGACCAACAUGCUCGUCAGCAAGAAAUGAACAGAAGAAAAGAUGAAGAAAGUGUAGCCAAACAAGAAGCAUUGAGAAGAGAAACCCUUGAAUAUGAACAUCAGCUUAAACGCCAAGGCGAUCAAGAUAGAAUUAGAGAAAAACAGCUGGCUAAAAUUGAAUUCAUGAAAGAAACAAGAGAUCUGCGCUUUGAAGAGAUUAAAAUUAAAGAAGAUGAAAGGAGAAAUACGCUCAAAGAAGUCUGGUCACAGAAUUUGGAAGCAGUCGGAGGAGGCUUAAAAACUUAUUUAGGCGACUUCAAAAAUUUGCUUUAUUUGUCAGGAGCUCUUACAAUUGCAUUUUUUGGCUUCCAGUUUGCAAAAGCAGCAGGAAAAAUUAUUCAUAUUUAUAUAACAGAUGCAUGUUAGCCGUUUUCUAUGAAAAAAUAAUAAUGGUUUUUUAUUAAUAUGAAUGGGGAUACAUCGACUUUUAUAGAAGCUCGCUUAGGAAAGCCUUCUUUAGUUAGACAGACAUCAAGAAAAACGACAGUAAAAGAAGUCAUUACGACUCCAGUUAAUAAACUUUAUAAGCAGUGGAUUGUUAAAGGACGAUUUUUACCAACAUCUACAGUUCAGCGUGAAAAAGAUAUUUUGGAAGGGAUUUUCAUUAAUGAAAACUUAGAAAGAGGCUUAAAGACACUUGCUCAUAGUAUUGUUAAUAGAAAAAAGCAUUAUGCUCCAUUUAGAAAUUUACUGCUAUAUGGCCCUCCAGGGACAGGAAAAACACUUUUUGCUAAAAGCUUGGCUGACCAUUCAGGCAUGGAUUAUGCAAUUUUCACUGGUGGUGAUAUUGGGCCACUUGGAAAAGAAGGUGUUACAGAGCUCCAUAAACUUUUUGACUGGGCAAGCACAAGCAAAAGAGGUGUGCUCCUUUUUAUGGAUGAAGCUGAUGCAUUUUUAAGAAGAAGAGAUACAACUCAUAUAAGUGAAGAAAUGAGAAAUGCUUUAAAUGCACUUUUAUAUAGAACUGGAUCUGCGUCACAUAAUUUUAUGCUAGUCCUUGCCUCAAAUACACCUGAGCAGCUAGACAGGGCCAUUCUUGAUAGAGUUGAUGAAAUUGUGCACUUUGAAAAACCAGGCCAAAAACAGAGACUGCAAAUGCUUUACCACUAUUUGCUACAAUAUUGUUCUCCACCAAAAACAAUGAGGAAAAAGCUGCAUCAAUAUGUUAUGCACCCAAGGACGUUGAUAUACAAAAAAACUGAUAUCGGAAUGUUAGGAGUUGAUGAUACUUUUAUAGAAGAAAUGGCUAAAAAGACUGAAGGAUUUUCUGGAAGAGAAAUAUAUAAGCUAGUCAUUGCAUGGCAUGAUGCAGCAUUUAACCAAGAAAACGCAAUUUUAACACCUGAAUUGAUGACUAAAGUUUUAGAAGGAAGCAUUGAACAGCAUAAACAAAGAUUGGAAUGGGAAAAACUUGAAUAA